GUGUGACACAGGAAGCGGGGGUUACAAGCAAGUGGGCGUGUACCGACGAGCCAAGGUAAACAAGUGUUGAACGGUGGUUUAUUAUAAGAAUCGAAACAUUACAAGUGGCGACGAGGAUUAAAAAAUACACCUUGCUAAAAAUGGCAUCGCCAUUAACCCUGGAGUCAUUUGACUGCGAAGGAGAACCUGGUUCGGUGGGAGUGCGCUGGGAGCGUUGGAAGAGAGCUUUAUUUAUUUAUCUAGACGCGUCAAAUAUAGAGAAGGACGAUAAAAAAAGAGCAAACCUCUUACAUUUUGGCGGCAUUGAACUGCAGGAAAUAUAUUAUAAUAUACCCGAAGCUCAUGUGGAGCCUGCAGAGGGUGUGAACGUAUUCUCCGUAGCCAUAAAAAAACUAGAUGAAUACUUUGCUCCUAAGCAGAGCAACAUCUAUGAACGACACAUGUUUAGGCUCCUGAAACAAGAAAAAGAUGAGAAGUUUGUUGUACGACUUCGACAACAGGCUGACAAAUGUCAGUUUACAGCAAAGGAUGAAAAUAUAAUUGACCAAAUCACAGAAAAAUGCCUUUCAAGUGAACUAAGGAAGAAAAUUCUACAAAUAGGAGAUGGAAUUACUCUGGAUAGAAUUAUAUCAGAAGCAAAUUUGUUGGAAGUAGUUAACAAACAAUUAGAAAAAUUUGGUUGCACUGCGUCAUCUGAAAGUAUUAAUAAAAUUGAAUCAAAGCCAAAAUCUAAGUUCGAAGUAAGUGAAAAAGAAGAAAUAGGUUGCGGACGUUGUGGCAAUCGUAGACACUCAUCGAAUGACCCUAACUGCCCUGCCAAACGGAGAGAGUGCCUUAAAUGCGGACUCCUGGGGCACUUCCGGCAAUUUUGUAAGACAAGAAACAUAACAAAAAGAAAAUGGGAAGGGAAAAAUACAAGAGAAUAUGAUAAAAGGAAGAAAAUGACAUUACAAACAGUAAAUAAUGUUGUAAACAUUGAUGACAAGAAAAAGGAUACUUACUAUGUUUUCCAUAUCGAUGACGAUGUCGAAUUUAACUGCAUAGUGGGCGGGGUUGAAACAAAAAUGUUGGUUGACUCAGGAUGUAAGCAAAAUUUAAUUACUGAAGAAACAUGGAACAAGUUGAAAAUGCAUAAUGUUCAAGUAUUCAACCAAAUAAAAAACCCAAACAUUAAUUUCAUGUCAUAUGGCAGUGACAAACCAUUAGAAGUUAAAGGUUCUUUCGAAGCAACCAUAAAAGUAGGAAACAAUUCCGAGAAUGCUACAUUCUAUGUAAUUAUCAAGGGGACAAAAAAUCUACUGGGGAAGACAACCGCAGUAGCAUUGGGAAUACUACGUAUUGGACUGAACAGUGUCGUUGGUAGUGUUGAUACUGAAGUUUUUCCAAAAUUCAAAGAUGUCUUAGUUGACCUACCCAUUGAUGAUUCUGUAUCUCCGGUAUCUCAACCAUACAGGCGAAUACCUAUUCCACUUGAAGGGAAAAUCGAGGCAAAGAUCCAGGAUCUAGUCAACAGGGACAUCAUUGAGGAAGUUAAAGGCUCCUCAAGAUGGGUAUCACCAAUAGUUCCUAUCCUUAAAGACGAUGGAGAAGUGCGUCUUUGCAUCGAUAUGAGGCGUGCUAAUGCAGCAAUUGUUCGUGAAAAUCAUCCCUUACCCACCAUGGAUGUGUUAUUGCCUAAGAUUCGUGAAGCUAAAUUGUUCUCCAAGCUUGAUAUCAAAGAUGCGUUUCAUCAAAUCGAAAUUCACCCUGAUUCCAGAUACAUAACUACGUUCAUUACAAACAAGGGAUUAUUCAGGUACAAGCGGCUUAUGUUCGGGAUUUCAUGUGCACCUGAAAUUUUUCAAAAAACCAUGGAACGUAUGUUGCUCGGAUGUGAGGGUACUAUUAAUUUCAUUGACGACAUUCUGGUAUUUGGAAGGAACAUAAAAGAACACGACCUGCGGCUUAAUAAAGUUCAAACUGUAUUGCAGGAUAACAAUGUGUUGUUAAAAGAUGAAAAAUGUUCCUACAGGAUGGAGAAAGUAAAUUUUCUUGGACACGAACUUUCUGGAGAAGGCAUACGACCACUUGAGAAAUAUGUCUCGACGAUUCAAGAAUUCAGGGCACCAUCAACUAUAGGAGAACUGCAGAGUUUCUUGGGCCUCGUGAACUUUGUGAGUAAAUGGAUACCGGACUUGGCUACACGGACAGAAUCACUUAAAGAACUAUUAAGAAGUAAAAAGGAACACAGUAAUAACAUUCAAGAACUUUGGGGGGCCAAGCAGCAAAAGGAAUUUGACUCCUUAAAAUCAGAUCUGUCUAACAUUCCUACAUUGGGCUACUAUAAUGUUAAUGACCGAACGGCUGUGAUUGCAGAUGCCAGUCCUGUAGGGUUGGGAGGAGUUUUGAUUCAAAUAAAUGACGAAGGACCGAGGAUAAUUGCAUAUGGGCACAAAACACUCACGGACUGUGAGCGAAGAUACUGCCAAACCGAAAAAGAAGCACUGGCUCUGGUCUGGGCUGUAGAGCACUUUCAUAUAUUCUUGUAUGGAAAAGAAUUCGAACUCAUUACAGACCACAAACCUUUAGAGGUUAUUUUUGGACCGAAAUCUAAACCUUGCGCAAGAAUUGAAAGGUGGAUCUUACGCCUUCAGGCUUAUACGUACAAAGUCAUAUACAGACCAGGAAAGAGCAAUAUUGCAGACCCCCUUUCGAGAUUGUGUAAACUCCCGGAUGUCAUGCCUCCAACUCAAGAUAGCCAUAUUUAUCAAAUUGUUGAAUACAAUAGGCAUGUGGCGGUUUCUUUAAAAGAAAUAGCUGAAAGCACUGCAGAAGAUCAAGAAAUUAAAAAAGUAAAAGAAGGAAUAUUUCAUGGUAAAUGGGAUGAAGAGACUAAACUGUACAAAAUUUUCCAGAAUGAACUGUGUUUCUAUGAAGAAAUUUUACUAAGAGGGACAAAAAUUGUGAUUCCCUUAGGAUUACGGGACAGAGUUUUAAGCGCCGCACAUGAAGGUCACCCUGGAAUCGUAGCCAUGAAAGGAAGAUUAAGAACAAAAGUGUGGUGGCCUAAGAUGGACAAACAUGCUGAAAACCUCGUAAAAUCCUGUAAAGGUUGUACUUUGGUUUCGGCUCCAACUCCCCCAAACCCAUUGAAGAGAAGAGAAUUACCAGAAGAACCAUGGGUUGAUGUUGCCAUUGAUUUGAUGGGCCCACUUCCAAGUGGAGAGCACUUAUUUGUUGUGGUAGACUAUUUCAGCCGGUAUAAAGAGGUUAAAAUAUGCCGUCGAAUAACGAGCUCGGAAAUUGUGGCACACCUUAAAGAGAUAUUCAGUCGCCUAGGAUUUCCUUCCACAAUAACUUCGGAUAAUGGCAAACAAUUUGUCAGUGAGGAAUUCAAAGAGUUUUGUCAAGAAAGAAAUAUAACUCUUUAUAAUUCAAUACCGUAUUGGCCGCAACAAAACGGAGAGGUAGAACGUCAGAACCGAGACAUCUUGAAACGUUUGAAGAUAAGUCAAGUAGAAAAGAGAAACUGGAGAGAAUGCUUGCAAGAAUACCUGAUUAUGUACAAUAGCACACCACAUACAGUAACGGGAAGAACCCCAUCAGAGUUAUUCUUCAAAAGAAGAUUUCGUGAUAAAAUCCCUAUGUUAUCUGAUGCAGUUGCAGGACCAAGUUCAGAAAUAAUAGAGGUAAAAGACAGGGAUAAAGAAAUGAAAGAAAAAGGAAAGGAAUAUGCAGAUAGAAAACGUAAAGCUAAAGACUGUGAGUUAGAACUGGGUGACAAAGUAUACAUUAAGAAUAUGUCCAAAGAUAAUAAAUUGAGUUUAAAUUAUGAUGCAACUCCUCACACGGUUGAAAAGACUAUCGGAGGAGACAUUGAAGUUCGAAAUGAUGAAACCGGCCAGACAUUAAGAAGAAAUGUAGUACAUCUUAAAAAGAUUCAAGGAAACUGGGAAGUGGUAAAUAGAAGUGAAAACGAGCAAUUGCAGAUCAAUGGAAAUACGGAAGAUGGUGCUACCAUGGAAGAGGAUUAAUAAAUAAAUAUGUACCUUACAUUUAAUAAAAUACAAUUUCAUUAAA